AUGACUAGCAAGCUCAUUCCCCCGAACCCCGACGAGGUCAUGGUCAUUCGCAAUGUAACUCCAGACGUCGUCACACUCUCGCUGCCCUUUGCGCGCUUCGGCCAGAUCAACAUUGGUGGUCGCGGAACUCUCGUCCGCCUGCAGAACGGCAGCGUAGCAGUCUUCUCUCCCGUAGCUCUCACGAAUGAUGUUCAAAGCCAGAUCAACAAGAUGGGCGCGGUAAAAUACAUUUGUGCCAACGACGCCGAGCACCACAUCUUCAUGGACGACUGGCACAAGGCCUUCCCAGACGCCAAACUUAUCGGUCCGGAUGCAUUGAAAGAGAAGCGCGAAAGUCAGAAGAAGCCAUUGCCUUGGACACACUUGUUCCGCCCAAAGGACAACACCAGCUGGAACAUUGAUGAAGAGUUCGACCGCGAGUUUGACGCCGAGUAUGUCCACGCCCACGCCAACAAGGAGCUCGUAUUCAACCACAAGCCUUCAAAAACUCUUAUUCAAGCCGAUUUGCUCUUCAACUUGCCGGCUGUAGAGCAGUACUCGCGUACUGAUGUCAAUCCUACUGCCGGUAUCCUCACAAAGUUGUUCUGCAAGAUCAACACUACGGCUGGUUCGGCAAUCUGGCAGAAGAGAUUUGUCUGGUACGCACUAAGUGCAUCGGACAGACCUGCUUUCAACCAGAGCAUGGCUAGAAUUGAUAAGUGGGACUUUGAGCGCAUUAUUCCUUGCCAUGGUGAGGUGAUUGAGAAGGAGGGCAAGGGCAUCUUCAGAAAGGUAUUUGGAUGGCACCUGGAGGCUGCUAAGAAGUCGAAUUAG